AAAACCCUCUUUUCAUUUGAUUUUCUCUAUCUCAAUUGAACUAAGUCUGGGCACGCAUUCAAAGGUGCUAGACACCAUUGGAACGAACACCAUGUCCUUGGGUCCAAGAUCCAACUACGGCUGGCACGCCUUGUCCUGUGGUCCCAUGGACUUGUCCCCUCGUUGUAUUCGAGCCUUCGCCACUCCAGCAUCGUCCAGUGAGGACUCAUCUUUGUCGUUGCCUCCGUCUCAUCGAGAAUGGCUGCCGUGGAUUGCUCCCAUCUUGAUUGUCCUGACCCUGAUGACCUUCCUGGCUAAUGUUUUGGUGCUGUUUGUGUUCUACAAGAAGCCCAAGAUCCGUAUCCAUUCGAAUCUGUUCAUGGUGGCCUUGGCCAUGGCUGAUAUAUCGGUGGCUACUCUGGUCAUGCCACUUAGUAUUUACAAAUACAUCAAUCACUAUGCGUGGUGGUUAGGGCCUCAUUUGUGUCGAUUCUGGAUUUUCUCGGACUGCUAUUUCUGUACCGUGUCCGUGAACUGCCUGGUGAGUGUGGCUUUCGAUCGAUUCCAAGCCGUCCUUUAUCCCAUGAAAUAUGCCCGAACGACCAAAACCACGCUCCAGGUACAACAAACGCAUGUCAGUCAUAACCUGAUUGUGACCUGGAUGGUGAGCUUGUGUCUGAUCUUUCCCCUGGUCUUGACGUUCUUAAUUGAUCCCAAGUCGAUCAACUAUCGGGAGUGCUCGAUCACGUUUAACGGCCGAAUGGGAUUCCUUUUCUACACGUUCGCCGUGAGCUUUGCUCUCCCAUUGAUGGCCCUGAUUGCCAUUUAUUGGACGAUUUAUGUCAAGACAUCCUCGUCGUCGUCGUCGUCUUCGUCCCUGAUCAGCUUCAUUUCUCCUUCCACAAAGAGGAGGAGGAAUAAGAAAAGAAAGAAGAACACAGUCAAACCCAUCACACCAGUCCUGGACCAGGACCAAGCCCCAGCCCCAGCCCAAGCCCAGGACCACACCAAAGGACGAUUCGAAGGAUCUUCUCCUCCAACUCAAAGUCCGCUGGGAUCUAGUACCUCGCCUAUCUCGUCGGAGAUCGUCAUCCCGGGUGAAGGUUCGUCUCCAUUGGACAACCGACCGGACUCACCGGACAUUCAGAUUGACGCCAAGAAGAACGAACCUGUUCAGUCCUCAACAGAGGUCCGUCCGUUGAAAAAUAAGUCCUUCGAAGUUCAUUUGGCGCGGGAGCAUCGCUUGGUUCGCAUCAUUUUUAUUGUGGUUUUGGGCUAUGUGGUCUGUUGGUUGCCCUUUUGGAUCUGUUAUCUGAUGAUCCCACUCUGUCAUUUGGAUUUCUGCCAAAGCAUUCAUCAUCAAGGGGGCCUCGUUUUGUUCUGCCAAUGGUUGGGUUACUUCAAUUCUCUGGCCAAUCCCAUCAUUUAUAAUGCUUUCAAUCGAGACUUCAAGAGCGCCCUCAACGAGAUUGUCGUCGCCAUCAACAAUCGAAAUCCAUGAACAUCAAAGGAGUUUGUAUUUGUAGUUCUUGUAGGCCAAGUGAACACACAUAACUUUCAGAAAAGUAAUUCGGAUUUGUAGUAGAAUAUUUAGAGUUAUGAGUGGAUGACAGUGGCACAAAGUCAUACGAGACAAAAUCAACCAUUACAGACAAAUCAUGAGACCUAGUAUAGUACAUAGUGUGCCGAGAUGUUGAGUAGUUGUACUCUUUGGUCUUGAGUGUUGUUUGCCAAAUCGGAAAUAUAUGUGAUACAACAU